UUUUCGUUAUUUUUAUGUCUUUCACUCUGCAUGUUUAUGAUUUUGUGUAUGCUUGUGUGAAUGACAUUUGAUUAUAAAGGUUUAUGUGUUGGUCUUAUGAAAAAGCUUCCAGAGAAUUGCCAUUCAAUUUUCUUUUCAUUCCUUUUCAAAUAUAAAACAAGUUUUAUAUUAGCACAAAAAAGAAACAUUCCAGAUAUUUUAUUUUCUCAAUAUACAAGUACAAAUAAGAGGUUUACUUGCUUGCCUGCAUUUUAUUUAGUUAUAGAUGAGUUAUAACUUUUGCCAAAUGUGAAAUGCUUUUAGUUAAUAUAGUGUUAUGCUACAAGUGAAUGGUUUGUUGCUUUAAGUCUGUGCUUGAAAUCCUAUGCUCAACAGCAACAAGUUUCUUUCAGCUCUUUUUAAAGAUUAUAAGAAAAGAAAUCAAGGAAAGAUUUUCUUGGAUUUAGAAGAUAUUACCCAAAGUAUUCAAAUAUGAGUAUGCAAUACUUAUGAAUUAAUUAUCUCUUUUAAAGAGAGGUUAUACUGUGAUAAUAUGUAUUUUACUUUUUGAAAGUAUUUGAAUAAAACAAAGAAAUUAAUAUUUGGUCACAAGAGUUAUCAAUGUUGUGAUGAAGGACUAGCAGAUGCCUCUUGAACAACUGAUUUGAGAUUUACAGUUCUAGUCUGUAAAUAUAAAACAACAAUUUUGUGACAUUUCCUCUCAAAGCAAUUAGAAUUUAGAAUUUCCAUAAUGGCCAUGUUGUUUCAUUCUUUUAAACAGUUUCAUAAUUUUACUAAUUACAUAUUCCAUCUCAUGAUCUUAUGUUGUCCUUAUUUUUUUUUUUAAUCUGCAGUUCUGCUAUAAUCAUGUGACUGGCUUCUUUAGAUGUGACAGUAUUGGUGUAUGCAAUGGAAAAUUUAUUGAACACCAGAAGAUGGCUUUAAAGUUACUUUAUUCAUAUAAAGUGAAUUAGAACAUGCCUUUUAAUUGAAAGAUAUAAGAUAACUACUUUGGAACCAACUAGGAUUUGACCUACAGAUGGAAUAUGAGUUUGUUCCAAAGCUGUGUCCAAGCUUAUGUCAAUUAAGCCAUUUAUCGUAUCGUGGUUAUCGUGUGUUCUUUUAUUUGUCUUUCUCUCAGUGAAAGAGUGUGUAUUAGCUUUAUAAUUCAGAAUGUGGAAAAUUAUCAGAUAUGGUGCAUAGUAGACUGAUAUAAGUUCUCAAAAGUUCUAUUGUUUGCAACAAGAAUAAGUUGGGCAUCCUCAACAGGUGAUGCUGGACAGUGACGGCAUGAGGACUGGCAGAGGAGGAAGAACAGGGACUGAAGAAAGUAAUACAGCAGUCAAGUUGCUUGAAUGCUGCAAGUGCCCCUAUACUUGCAUCCAACAGGCACAGAUGGAUAUGCAUUAUCGUACACAUCCAGAAGUGAAACCAUACUCAUGCCCUCAUUGUCCUUUCCGUUGUUCCCGCAGCGAUAACCUAAAGAUACACAUUCGUAUCCAUACUGGAGAGAGACCCUUUUCAUGCCCUCACUGCCCACAUCACUCUGCAACAAGUAGUGAUCUUAAGAAACACAUUCGCACUCACACUGGGGAGAAGCCAUACCUGUGUCCCUUUUGUCCAUUCCGAAGUACUCAAAGCAGUAACCUUAAGAUUCAUUUAAGAACACACAACAGCGGACAUGCAUAUAGAUAAUUUCUAUGUUUCUUUUAGUAUUUGUUAUUUCUCAAAAUUAGUGCGAUUCAGCUCAUGUGAGCCUAAUUACCUGAUAUUAUAUAUAUGUAUAUCAGAGGCAGUAAGAUUUUAGGCAUUUGUAGUUACAAGUUGUCACUUUGAAUAAUUUGUGUACUUAAACUGUACAUUGUGCCAUCUUGGUAUGUUGUGCAACAGAACAUGAAGUGGUUUCCUUUUCUCUAUGUGAGACUACUGUAUUACUGUUUUCUUUGCUGGUAUUUUGUAUCAGAUUGUGAAAAGAAAUAUUCUUUAAAGUUUUUGUUUUCUAGAGCAAACAAUAGGAAAUUUUUUUUUCUUGUUUGUUAACUGGAUAUAUAUUUGUUUUUUAAUCACAGAAUAUAUUUGAACCAGUAUUUAUUACUUUUGAGGAAAAUAAUAGUUGACUAUCGCUUUUGACAACCACACAA